AUUGUUGCCUGUUUAAGAUGUUCUGUUGUAUAAGUAGAAGGGGGGUUGUUUGCUUAAGUAAGGUGGGUGGAUGUUGAGGACCUCGGAUGUCACUUACUCCUAGAAUAUUUUUACGAUAGUGCUUAUUAUCAACAAAUAAAAUCAUUUACAGUUGGCUGUAAAAGUAAAAUUAUGAAAUGAUGCAUAAACAAGUGUAAAAUAGUGUACUUUUGAUAUGGUUUGGCCGUAAGCAUGUGUACAUCCAUACAAUUUUUUUUAACGUUCCUUAGAUCGAGGCCACUAGGUUUUCUGGACCAUCUCGCUCCCUGUAGUUCAUGACGCGGCAUCGAAAAUCUAGUAUGGCGGCGCCCUGUUCGUAAGGUGUCAGGAAAUACAAGUUCGCAAUUGUUGAAUAAAGAAGCGUCUUCGUUUCAAGCCGUUCAUAUCGAAGGAUGGGAUUCUUUCGUUUAUUUUGUAAGUCGAAUCAAUGGAAUUCGAUCCAAGUUCGGGUUCGACUGCUAAGUAUUCAACAAACUGUCGCCAAAGUACUGAGGGAAAUCCCGCAAAGUAAGCCGUUGUCGCCACAGAAUCUAUCAACAAACCAAACGAAGGACGUCUAUAGUCGUAUUAAAUGCCUGAUCGGGAUCGAGUUGCCACAUGUACUGUCCGGACUGCGCUGUCCAAAAUACCGCAGGGAUUUAACCCAACCCGGGCGCUGCUAUUGCACAUCAACCAAGAUCUCCAGAGACGUCGUUCUGUUCCAUCACGACCGAACACGCUUCGUACGCCUCCUGGCGACCUUCUGCGGCGCUCAGACUCUCUUCUGGACCUACCUUGCACAUUUCGCUUACACUGGUUUAAGAAACGACAGCUCUUUAAAAGAACAACGCAAAGUUACCACCACGGGCCUUGCCGGGUUUUGGAGCUUCGAUAUCAAUUUAGGAAGAAGUGUUUGGAGAUACGGGUUUACAGGAGGGUGUCUUGCGGUGGGAGCAGGCAUCAUAGGACUUGGCGUCCUGUUUUGUCGCCGUUCUGUGAGUCGGGUGAUUUUGCACCAAGGAGGCAAGAUGGUGACAGUGGCGACCCAGUCCCCCCUGGGACUGGACAAAGGUCGGCAAAUAACCGUGCCUCUGUCCCGCGUCGCCUGCCACGCCCACAGGAACGAGUCCCCCUCGUUUAUUCCACUCAAGAUUAAGGACAAUAUAUUCUAUUUUCUUUUGGACAAAGAAGGGACAAUAAACAAUGCUCAAUUGUUUGAUGUAACUGUUGGGGCAUAUCGACCACUCUAAUUGAACAAUUGGGUACCAAAGAUUAUGUCAAACAAUUUGUCAUGAAACCAAUUGUAUUUAUGAUCUGUGGAAUCAAUUGUAAGGGGAAAAAAUUGGUAGUUUACCAACAACUGUUUCAAAUAAAUUCCAAUGAUGGUGAA